GUUGUCGAGAAGGCAAUUUCGCCGGUUGAAGCCAAGAUUUUUGAAGCUGAGAAACCAGCAAAGGUGGAACUUUUAAAAUCAGAAAAAAUCUCUACUCUCACUGAUUCUGCAUCUAAAGCAGAACAGUCAGAAGAAGUAGAGGAAUCGGUCAAAAUUAUUGAAAAAUCUGUCACAACUGUUGAACAACGGAUCGAAGAGAUCUCCACUUCUCGUGACUUAGAUCAAACUUCUUUAGAACGGACACAAUUACAUGCUAAUCUAGCUCAAUCAGACAUAGAAAACAGAGAGAUUCUAAAAACAGUAGAACAACAUGAAACAGAACUCAAAGAUAGGACUGAAGUUGAACUAGACACUAUGUUUUCCAUUGCGUCAACAGUUACACAAGUUGAUGCCAAAGUAAAACGAUCAUCUGGCAUCGAUGGCUCUACUGAACUAGAACAUGACGAUAUAAUUGUUACAACCGAAACAUCAACUCAAAGAAAAGUAUUGGAUUUAACAGAUAAGGUUAAAACUUCUCUAGAAUUAAGACUUCAAGCAAAUCAAGUGGAGAAAUCCUAUGUUGCGCAAGAGUCUGAUCACUUUUCUGCUAUUGAUGAAAAGUGUGAUUCAGAUGCGGAACGUAUUGGCAAGAAAGAGAUUUCCGCACCAUCUGAACGUUCAGAUAUUCUGGAAGAUCUAAGAAGAGAUGAGUCACGUUUAGCAGAUACGAGAAAGAGUUCACUUUCUGCUGUUGAAGGCUCGAAUUAUGAUGACGAUUCACCACUACUCACUGACUUUACUACGUCUUCGAUAACUUAUGUGAGCGAACGAAUUGAUUCGUCUUCGCUGGAGUUAAUGGCGGGAGAUAGCUUUGGAGAUUUUCUAAAGAUCACACCAGCGAUCGAGAAGAAACCUGACGUUUUAUCACCCAGCUCAUGUAUUUCUUAUGCAACGACUACUAGUGAGACGAUUGAAUCUUACACCCACGAUACAGAUCGAUUGCAAUACGCUGGCGGAUCAAUCCAGCAGGAUAUACCAACAGAAUAUGAACGAUCAGUUUCCUUGAGUGACAAGGCUGCCUCGGACUUUUCUACCGAGUCAGCUACCAAAUAUAACCUGCCUUAUGACACAGAAUCUGACAGCCAUGAGGCUGUGACGAGCGUACAAAAAUCCCGAGAUGAGUCACAGGAGAUGAAGAUGGUAAAGCCCGCCAAGUUAAUGUCAAUAGAUCCACGGCACGAAUCAGCUUCACCUCAAAGUGACGUUACUGAAUACACGGAAAGUGUAUCCUAUGUAGAGUCAAUUAUUGACAGUACAAACUAUGAUAGCGCCUUAAAGCAGAGAGAAAAGCUGCAACUGGAGCAACUCCAGAAACAAGAAGAAAAGAAAGAUGCUCAGGAGAAGUUGUUCCUUGAGAAGACUCAACUCAUUAAGGAAGAGAAAGAGAAGUCGAUCUCGAAGAAACAAAUACUUGAAAAGAAAGAAACAAGUCAGACAAAGAAAAAGUCCAAACCAAAGGCUACGAUAACAAAGAUAAACCUACAAAACCAAGCGCCUAUCGAGAUUUCGAAACAAUCCACUAAAACCGUUGAUAUUAAGUCUGGUUCAAAAAGUGUUGAAUACAUGACCAGCACUAGUCGUACCACCACGGUAUCACGCACAUACUCAACAACUAGAACUCACGGAUACAUGCAAUCUACGCUUUCACGAGACCAAAAGGUAUUGAAGCCAUUGACCCUUAGUGAAUCUACACAUUCUUCUCCGGUGAAGUCUUCCCAUCGCUCGACAACCUCUACAACGGUGGUACAAUCAUCAACAGAGAGGCGAGCUAAAUCUUCCAGGGAUACCUCUAGCGGCCGAACCGACAUGGCCGCUACUAAGUCCCUAAGUAAAUCUGAACCCAUAAGUUCAAGCGCUGUGAAGAAACAAGAGCCUAAGCCAUUGGUGCAUAGCACUAAGCCUUCAAAACCUUCCACUGACCGUUUCGAACGAACCGGAAGAUCAUCUUCCUCGUCUGUAACUAGCAGCACUACUCGAUCGCAGCGUGGCAGAAAAGUUACAACAGAAACGGUUGACAAGCAAGAACCAGUGAAGAAGGCUGAUAAAGAACAAGCCAACCUAGUAACAAAGACAACAGUGAGUACAUCUAAGAGCACGAAAGAACGCACCAACAAAAGUUUGAUACCAGUAAAGGUUUCCAGCAGUAAGGGUACUCCAAAGAAAGAAGCUCUUACAAAAACCAUUGCUGAGAAAUCGCCGGUGAAAAAACCUGCCAAAACCAUAAUUGAGGUGCAGCCUCAGGAAACUGUGAUAGUGAAGACAUCUAAGUCCACCACCAUUGAUACAGCGCCGAUGGCACCUGCUGCAAAAAUUGGAUUCGUCAAAACUGCGCCACGGGUAACCAGAACUGUGCACACGUCCGGUGAUUCGAAACGAGACGACACCUAUCGCUGCAAAUCCGCUAUGCACUAUUCGUACAAAGAUGCCGUCACGUUCGAUCACGCUGAAAUUCCGUCAUCGUUACCGUCUAGUCCGAGCCGUCUCAAUAAAAGUUCCUCCAAUAGUACAAAUGUGUUGACCAGCGAAGUCUUUACACGUACCAUUGACUCGUCAAAGUCGAUCGAAGUGAUCUACCGACAACCGUCGACCUCAAACGAACUCAUACGUAAAAUUAACGAAUACCGUUACAAUGACAUUGACCUGACGACCGACUCUAGCUUAUCCGACUCCAUAGCACUGCCUUCGUCGUCUUCCGAGCACGAAAGCGACGUCCUUGGUAAACGUAAACGCUCCGGCAGUCCAGCUUCACCUAAGCCAUACACUACGACUUCUUCUGCGUCAUCAUCUACGGCGGUAACUACUCGUAAGCAAGCCGCUGCUACCGUCACCAGCUCGACUAGUCAACAGAUCAUAAGCGAGCAAAAAUACCGCAAGUCGGACAUAUGGAUGCGUACCGGUCCUCAACCAUCGGACGUCAUCCCCGUGCCCCUCGACAGUGGUGACGACGAGAUCUAUCAGGCGUUGCAUGGCGCCGAUCGCCGAACGGUGGCCUCUCUCGACGGAAUUGUGAUGGAAAGUCGCAUCUCACCGAUACUCGACUUCCGGGCAUCCACACCACCACGUCUGAAGUAUAAGUUUGAUUACGAUAGUUCCUUGUUUACAGAUGACAAGCAAGAAGAAGAGACACAAGCAUCCACAAGACUCGAAGGCCAAGAGUAUCUUAAUUUUGUACAGUCGGAAGCUAGUAACUUAGUCGAUAGCAUAUUGGAGCAGAGUGUAUCGAUCGUAAACAACUCCCAAACGCAACAGGACGUUGCGAUCGAAACGCAGGCUCAGUCGGAAAGCGAACAAUACGCAAUCCGCAGCGAUAUCCUAUCGUCUAACGAAGCCGAUCAUGUCGUUAAGUCGCCCACCAUAGAGUCUAUGUCAGGCAAGUCUUUCGAUGAUAAUAUUAGCAAUCCCGACUAUGACAGUAGCGAAGCCAACCACCAGCAUCUAGCGAAUCUAGCUGGUGGUCUGCCCCCAUCCUAUUCUGGUGAAGCUAUCGACGGUUCCACAAAGCCAACAGGAACAACCGCUAACGAACCUGUUGGCGUUGAUGGGGCCGUCCGCGAUGAUCAAGAGCGCCGAGCGAACAAAAUAGAACGACGCUUCGAGCGAUUGUCGUCCGAAAUCGAACCGGAAGCGAUGCUGGACAAAAAUCACGAAUAUGACGAAGCCAUUGCCCAAAUCAAAGAUGAAGUUUCAAUGCUGCAGAGUGAAUUUUCGAAAAUGAGCUGGGACGAGAGCAUGUCUGCUACGACUGGUGAUUUCGGUUCCAGUACACCCGAUCACGAUCUACAAGAAACAGAUACGCAACCACAAACAGAAAUUACCAUUCCAAAGCCAACGCCGCGAUCGCAAUCUAAUCUUACUGCUGAAGCUGAUGCCUCUGCUGCAACCACUAGUGUCACUACUACCACCACCACUACAGCUGCUACUAGCUCUGCUGCUGCUGUUGCCUCCUCACUAACAACAUCCGCUCUUGCUAUCAAGCCCACGGAAGAAGCUUCCAUCGUGGAAACAGCUCCCGACCACGACAAACCAAUCGGCGGUUUAUCCGGAGACGCAAGUGAAUUCUCCAGCAGUCAGGAACCUCUUCCGGUUCCACGGCCUCGUACCAGCAUCUCAUCGCGUACCGAUACUCAGACACGAUCCAGUAUCAUCGAGUCCUUCGAUCAACCGGAAGACUCAAUCGAGCAGUACCCCGAACCAUCCAGUCAACGACAGGAAUCCAUAGCCUCCGAAGACUUCUCCGGUGCCGCUCAGAAAGACUCCGGAGAGUUCGAAACCAGCGAUGAUGACCUGUCUGCAACCAAAUUUUACAUUGGCGAACGGAGUUCUGACGUAAUCACUCGAACUUCGUCCGAUAAACGCGCAGACUACGCAUUUGAUAACAUUGGUUACGAAUACUCUCAAGACUCGGGUGCAGAUGAUGAACUACAUCCGGACCAAUUUAAAACCUAUCGCGAAAAAGUUGUCCAAGAAGAUUCAUUCACGCUUAAGCAUCUUCAGGAGGUGGAAAGCGGUACAGCUUUGGAUGAAGAAAUCAAAGCCGAAGUCAUCGAAAUUAUCGAAGGUAUCGCCGAAUCCAAAACCUUCGAACUAGAUCUCGAGAGACCUAUUGAUGCUCCUCGGCAGCCCGUGGUACACUCACCAAUCAAACCACAGGUUGCUAAACUUGUCGAAAGCGCAAAACCCCCUACGCAAACAUCAGCCGAUACCGAAGAACAUUCUCAGCAAGAGGAUCUUACGUCGUCCGAAGCAAUCAAACGCACAAUCGAUGAAUUAACUAUCGAGAAGACCCUCGAGGAGGUCAAGGAAUCUCUGGAUGCUUUACACGAAGAACUAAUUGAAUCCGUGGUCGAUGGCAAGCUUAUCAAACAAUCACCAUCCGAAUUUGAAUUCAAAGUUCUGCCCUCUGCCAAGUAUUCCCAAGAUCCAAUCUUCGAGGCACAACAGGAGGAAAUUAUCGCAACCACAACUGCCGCCACUGUAGUCCUAGCCGAAACCGUCACUACGACUACCAUAAUUUCCGAACCGAUUAUCCUUACCGAAACCAAAGCCGAAUCCUUCGAGCAAAAAAUAUCCGACCCGGAAUCCAAAGAAACAUCGUUUGAAUCAGCCCGACCAGACGCUCCAACUCCGAUUUCGUCGGAUAGUUCAUUCGCCAAGCUAGAUGUUUCACCGCGGAUGCGCAAGUCGCCACAUCAUCCAAAAGGCACUCGGUGGUCAGCAACCGACAUUGACAGCUCCGGCGAAAGCCACUACCAAAGCUUCGAGCAAACGACGGACAGCAGUCGGCCGCAAUCGUCCGAUGUUGAGAACCUGAUGCAGCAAUACGCGUCAUCAGAAUACGAAACAGCUCUGGAUGCGUCGAUCAUUCCACCAUCGACCGAGUAUCACAGUGCGGCCAGCACGCUAAAUUCCUUCAACGUGACCUCUCAUGAUAGCAUGAAAAGCUUUGACUCGGAGAGUUCCGGAAAUUUGGCAAGUAUCGAGUCCGAAGCUACCGAGACCCUAGUCCCAUCUACAAUGGACAUUGAUUUUGACUCGUCGGACGCAGCCGCACUGAUGCACGAUGAUUCCGAGGACGAUCUCCGCGAUAAACUUCUGCUGGACGACAAGGAAGACCUCUCGUCUGUAUCCGGUACCACCCCUGCUGCGAUGAAGCGAUCGCAAGAAAUGCACUUCACAGUCGACUUGAAAGAUGAACAGUUACAAGAUUCGCAAGAAGUGUUCCAGCUACAAGAAGACGUCGAGCGUCUAGCACAAGAGCAAUCAGAACGACUCAGUUCAAGCAUUGGCCACGCGCUGGACCUGAUGGAAUCCAUGAAGGCCUCCUCUUUGGAAGACGUCAAAACAGAGUGCAUUGACGAUAUCAAGCUUGGCACGAGCCUGGAAGAUGGAAGCAUUUUAUCGGUCAGUUUGUCUAGCGCUUCAAACCUAGAAACAAUCAUGGAAAAUCUACCGGAAAAGGGAGCCGAAAGCCUUCCGACUCACAUGGAAAUAGGGUUGGAUGCCAUAACACCAAUUGUGGGCACGGAUAUGAUCGGCGACAUCACCUUAACAUCGACCGUCGUUCGAGAAGGUGACGUGAACUUUCUGAAUACACAAGCUACGACGGAAACGGUGGUGGCCAAGGAAGUGACAGAGGAAACUUCGAAGAAACGCGGCCAUAAGCGCACCGAAAGUACCAUCUCCGGGCAGCUGAUGUCGGAGAUUGCAGCAGAAGCGCGAGAAUCAUUGGAUUCUCAAGAAGAAUCAGUUUCGCAGGAACCAUCUAAGCAGUCGAGCUUGGAACGUGACGACACUAGAGAAGAGUCUUCCGACUCAGAUUACGAUCGAUAUGAAUCAGAGUACUCGCGUUCGUUCCGAGCACCAUUGAUCCAAUCGCAGAAAAAGAAAAAGGACAAACUCAAUGAAGGAUAUGAAAUGGAGGUCGAACAUGACAGACGUAAUUCGUUCUCGCCUUCUAGUUCGGUUAUCGAAACGAUCGUCGAAGAUGUUCACGCAGAGAUCGAACAGGAGGAUGAAGCUCAGCAGUUGAUGGAAAUCAAGAAGGAGAAGCUACAGGAGUAUCAGCAAGCUUCCGCAAUAAGCAUUCCGGAUAUUCAGGUAACGGACGAUGUCCAAGUGGAUGAACCAGAAGAAGAAGAAGAAGAAGUCGCAUCUUACUCUACGAAACAGAUGGUACGAGAGGGUAGCGACCAUAAGAUUCAGUACGCUACGCAAGAGGAAUUCAAGAUAAGUGAGGAGCAAUAUCAAGAGAUGAUCGAGCAAAAGUACAAGUCAAAGAUGGCUGACAUCACGACCAAGUUUGAUUUUGAAGGAGAUGACAAGGAUGAUUCAGCUGGGUCGGAUUCUUUUGAAAUGUUGGAACAACCGGAUAUUUCGGAUGAGUUUGUGAUUGUUGAAGAAGUUGCUCGUGAAGCACACGAGUGCGACAUGGAGGGAAAGAGCGUAUCUAUCAAAAAGGUUAAGUUGGAGAAAAAACAUGACGAAGAUGUGGAAAAGAUACUGGUGAAAUCGGCUCCAGCACACACGAAUGCCGGUUCGAUGUAUGCAAAUAUGCGGGAGGAUAUGAUGUAUGCAUUCGAGGACAGUCCACCAACGGGCAGUGAAGAAGUUGACCCCAAUGGAGUGACAAUGGAUCUGUUGAAUAAUGGUUUCCCACUGGAGGAAAGUAAGCGAUGGGUAGAGAUGCAGUUGGCUGAAACACAGAAUUAUCGCUAUCCGUACGACGAACGCUUGGAAGACAUCAAAGAAGAAGAUACGGACUUUGAAGUCGGUAGUAGCCGAAUUGGAAGUAUCAAGGACUCAUUCUCUAGCACACCGGAUUAUGAUAUGUUGGCGAAGAGGUUAGCUUCAAGAGGAGGAGAACAUGACGACAUUUCAAUGAGCAGUUUGCAAGAAUUUGAAAAUUUAGAGCACGUUAUCUCUUUGGAAAACCGAAAGAUGCAGCAAGGUUCUCAGGAUUCGUUGAGCAAUGGAAGUUUCACACGGCGUUUCCUGGCCCGUGGCGGUCAUGGAGACGACAUUAGCCUAUCCAGUUUGAAAGAGUUUGAAGGACUGGAAACAGCAUGCUUGGAAGCACAUCUGAUAGAAAUCAAGGCCAAAGAAGAAGCAGCUCUGUUGUUGUCACGAUCGGAUGAAUCGAACAAGUCGGACAGAUCGAAUGGCGCCAAGAAAAGCCCACCCACCAAUGGAACUGUGGUGAGGGCAACUACAAGCAGCACAACUGUUACAACUGGACCGGAAACAACCGCGAAAGUCGAGGUAAAAACCGUGACUACGGAAAUGAGUAAGGAUUCAUUGUCUACUACAACUACUGCAACAACUGUUACAACAAUUUCCCAUGAAAGUCAAAUUAGACAUGCUAUGGAAGAGGAAGAUACAUCGCAUCUGUUGACGGUGUCCAGCGACAGCCUUGACGGCAACCGUCUACAGAAACAAACAAUCAGCAAGGACACUCUUCCUUCGGCACAUUCCAGCAGCGAUAGCUUGGAGAUUAACAACAGGAACAAUGUUGACGUUAUGACCAGCAGUAUUGAUUCGAUCGAAUUUUCCCGAGCAGGAGCGUUGACAACCCGCUCGUCAAGAUCAGAUUCGAUUGAACAGAUGGCGUUGCAACAACCUCAGCGCAGUGACAGUACAGACUCAAUCGAGAUGCACCAUGCCGUCAUGUCCAGAGCUAGCGAAACCAAACGUGACUCGCUAGAUUCUCUACCAUACAGUAUCGAGAACAAAAGCGCUUCCAGUAGCCCAACAAAACCGGCAUCCGGACAACGUAUUGCCACGGAGAGCGUGCAGAUCGCAGGUACAAGCACAAUGAGCUAUCACAUGGGAGGUAUGAGCAAAGACAUUUCCGUGGAUUCGUUAACCGGGCAGGAUGCUUUUCUAACCAGCACAGAGAGCCUGGAGACCAGCUCAACGGCAACGAAUGCCACCUACCAGAACGAAACCGACUCGCAAAUGUCGUCCAGUGUGACGAGCUGCGGUUCAAUAACAAUGGUCGAUACGCUAGAUAACAUCGGUGACCUGGAAGGCUUCGGGCUGCAGGAAAGUGUAACCUUCAAGAGCAGCAGUAGCAGUAGCAGCACCAUGGUCACAGCAAGCUCUAGCAGUACUCAACAACAGCAGCAGCAGCAACAACAAUAUCAACAGCAAACGACAACCCUUCGAAGCAGCACUACAUCGACCUCGUCGACCGGCGCCAGGAGCGAAUUUCCACUUUCGGAAAUCGAACUGUUAAGUAGACGAAUGUACCCAGGGGACUUAACAUUCGAUGACGCAAAGGAGUCCGCCAAGGAGAAGCUACAAAGCAAAACGACUGAGAAGGAGGACUAAGCGACAACACUUCGAUCGAACAGCGUACGUGGAGAUCAGCUGAUAUGAUUUCCAUCCGCUUUAUAUACAAACUUACACACAGAGAGAAAGCAACCAAAGGCAUCCUUUUUCCAGAUAUUUAAUAAUACUUUUACUAACAAAACAAGCAAAAUUGCAGUAAAUCAUACUGAAUCUAUUCACUUACUUAU